CGCUUGUUCAUUCUGUCUGUCAACAUCUGCUCUAUUCCAUCUAAAUUGCUGUGCAAGAUUCAGAGACUGCUUCCAUACCUGAAUCGUGUUUACUAGAAUACUGAAAACGCUUGGACGACACCAUGACAUCCGAGGAACGUCGGACAACACGGCCUCCACUCGAAGACAUCAGGUUACUCCAACUGUAGCUCUUUCUGUAUCCUUCUGCAUGGUGGCUCACUCCUGCACUUGUUUUUCGGUUUGCUUGUUUGUGGGUGAAGAGCAGCGUAUGAUCAUCUAUUUCAUUCCGAUCUCAGCCUGUCCAAGAUCAAAGAUGCGGCGCUCGGAGGUCGUCUGUUUCAUUCGCCAGGGGAGUCCAUCGGUGUCUGUGGAAGAAGUAUAGCAUGGAAGAUAUUUCUCACUCCACCAGGCCCACUUCAACCACCACCAGAUCUCCCACUGACCCCACAACCCUACGUCGAAUCCGUCCAAAUUUCGCGCCAAGAAUACACACGUUUACUACUCGAAAAGAUGAAGGCUCCAGAUGGAAGUUACGAAGAUGGCUUCUUGAUUCCAGGGGCGGAUACCGCACCGGAGCGGACAGGGAAGGGUUCGAGUAAUCUGGAGAGGAAUAAUCCGUUGAGUUUGCAUGAUGAGAAUCCAUGGAAGGAAUGGUUCGCGGCUGUUGAGCUGAGGAAGACUAUUCUGCAGGACGUAGAACGGACAUUUCCAGAUAUAGCGUACUUCCGCGAACCCGUCGUCCAAUCCCAACUCACCAACAUUCUCUUCCUCUAUUCUGUCAUGCAUCCCGCAAUAGGCUAUCGCCAAGGCAUGCAUGAACUUCUCGCACCACUCUACUAUGCCGUGGACUACGACUCGCUCUCCUCAUCCGACACACCGACACCCGACGCCACCACCACCUCACUGAGCGAACUCUGUUCUCGCCGCUGGGUCGCGGCCGACGCCUGGGCUCUCUUCACUACCGUCAUGCGAGGCGUAGGUCGCUGGUAUGAGUGGCGCGAGGCUCCGCCGAACCUUUUAGAUCUCUCACCUACAGCUCUCAACGCCGCCACACCUUUCUCAGGCCACGUCAAUAUCAAUACAGCAGGGAAUGGGACCGUGCCCAACGGACAGGUCAAGAUGCCGGAUGAGUAUGUGGCGCCGAUAUUGAGGGAGUGUGGGAGGAUACAGGGAGAGCUGCUGAAAGGUGUGGAUCCGACGCUGUGGGCCAGGAUGAAGGAAGCGGGGAUUGAACCGCAGAUUUACGGGAUACGGUGGUUGCGGCUGAUUUUUACCCGCGAGUUCAACAUGCAUGAUGCUAUGAUGAUGUGGGAUGGCUUGUUUGCAGUUGACCCGUCAUUUGAGCUCGCACCAUGGAUAUGCGUAGCAAUGCUGAUGCGCAUACGGAACCAACUGAUACCAGCCGACUACAGCACACAACUAACCUACCUUCUCCGUUAUCCCAAUCCUUCCAAUGUCCCAACUACCCCAGAAUCCAAUCGCAUAACUCUCCUCCUCCGCCAAGCUCUAACCCUACAGAUGUCCCCGAGCCCCGCCACAGGUGCCGCCAUCGUAUUCGAAAACCGAAACCUGCUUGGUUUACCCACAGAAGUCCCGGAGCCACUGACGCAACCAUUGCGCAGAGGUCCUGGCGGGCAAGGAAGGAGAAGAGCGAGUGUCAGUGCGAGCGAAGCGGAGGGCGGGGUAAGAAGAGGUUCUGGUGCGGGCAUCGGGAUAGGUCUGGGUGGGAGAAGUUCGCCGGGACAAGGACAUACGAGACAAUCGAGUUCGCAAAUUGGAGCUCUGCCGGAGAUGAUUGCGAAGGGGCUGUUGGACCGGGGAGAAGCGUUGGGGAUCAAUAAAGCUUUUUUGCAUGCUGUUUCCGAAGUCAAGCGCAAUUUACCAGACCUCUCGGCAUCUAUGGCCCGUUCACCGGGAAGCCAGUCGGCCUCAUAUACCGCAUACCCAUUAUUAGAUGAGCGCCCCGUAGAAGAACGGCCACCAUGGGAGCCCCGGACAAGGUUUGAGAUGGAGAGGGAUGUCUCGGAGAUGUUGGUGAAGCAGAAGAUGCUAGGAGAAUCCGUUUCAUGGAUCGUCGACACCCUCCUCCUUGAUGAGGGCGAGAUACCGACCGAAGAGGAGGCUAAAACCAUCAAGGCUCGGAAACGUGAAGCACUGGAGUCUCUGGCUUACGUCAGAGAUGUACUGUUAGGGAGCGUGACGACAAUUGAGGCGGAACGACUAAUCAGCGAUGAGGAGGUGAAAAAGCGAAAGGAGAAGGCUAGAAGAGAGCAGGAAGAGGCGGAGAGGGAGCAAUCAUCCUUAGAACAACCCAUCAUAUCCCCGCCACCACGCUCACAUCCUGCCGCUCCACCAUCUGUUGCUCAUGCAAGACCUAUCGCCUCCCGAAGAUCGUCGCCGCAACAUUCAUCCGCACCCCGACCAACUGCUCCGUCUUUCGUCUCUCCUCGAAGUGAAAUCCCCAAUCCACUCAGUCCCGCUACUUCCUCCUCGAGUGCGGGCACGCCGAGCGCUAACAUUUCCCGUGCCCCUUGGAAUUAUACACGAUCCGACUUCUCAAAUGCUAUUUCGCCCGUGCCCGUGCCAUCGCUAGCUCCCCCACCCCGAGCAUCAACAACCACAAGUCGAUCGCCGUCACACACGACGACACCAUCGGGAUCGUACCCACCACCACCUCCGCCAUCCCAGUCACAGUCUGCAGGACAGCCUGUCCGUGAGCAAGCUCCGUUGCAGAAGGUACACCACGAUCCACUUGGAGUGCUACGGUAGAGAUCGAGAAGUCGGACACUGCAGUCGUAUACCAAUCUUGUAAUAUCACUUGUCCACAGCUAUCCAUGUUGCUCAAUGUAAUGGGUGUCUCAUUUCCUUGCACUCCGAUAUCG